AUGGUUAAAAAAACUCCCAAAUCUUUGAAUAGUGGUUCUAAUAAUAUUCAAGCCGAUGUUAUCAUACUGGGAUGUAGCUUACCAGGUAUCGUUAUAGCCCACAAGUUGAAGAAGAAAUUUGGAAAUACCAUGGAUAUAGUGGUUCUUGAUAUGUCUGGAACGCCAAAAAUGGUUUCUAAAUGUAACGUAUCUUUUUUAACCGAAGAUGAUGAUGAUGAUGAAUCAGAAGAAGAAAAAGACGAAGAGGAAUGUAAAACAGAGAUACAUGCUAGUGAUAAUAUGGCACGGCACUUCCUUACAAAAUAUGCUAGAGAAUUAAAUAUUCCAAUACCAGAUUGCAUUUUAGAACCUUGUCGCAAACUCAACCUAAAUAAACUUUUUCAACACACAAACGGUAGUACAGUAGAAUGUCCUAGCGAUUUCCACGAUUUCACUUAUUUAAAUUUCACAGAAAAAUUUGAACUGAACCAGUUUCAAGCACGUUUAGAUCAUAGUAUGAGAAACAUAUAUCUCAAUUUUAAAGAAGACAAUGAGAACGAGAGGAAUUUAUUGCUGCACUACGAUCGGACGACUAUGGAGCAACAUAUUUGUGAUUCUCUUUUGUUUUCUACAUCAAGAGAUAUCAUGAGAACUACAGUGCGAUUAGUUUGUGGAGUGCCAGCAGAUAGUGUGUCGGUUCUUUUCUAUCUUCAUCAAUGCUACAGGACGAAUAGCUCGAAAAAUCAUUUGGACGGGGACAAUACUAGAUUACGAGAAAAGCUUCUAGGCUACUGCAGGAAACGUCUGGUUAGUCAAAUGCAACAAAGCAUCGAAGAAAUAACUUUACCUGUUAAACAUAUUAAAGAAAUUAGAACUUAUUCCAAUAAACAAGUCAUACUGAUGACUAUGAUGGGUGAAACCAAUUAUAUAUGUAAUUUGUUGGCUAUGGCAUUACGUCCUGAUGAGCUUCACAACAUACAAGUAGAAGAUCAACUGUUGUCCAAAAGAGAUGCGGACAUAGCUGGAGCUAUGCGUCGUGGACGUGCAAAGAAAUUUGAGAUAGAAUAUGAAAACAACUUUUGGGCUGAUCAAGGGUACAGUGGUGAAAUUUUGAGUAUCAAAGGACCUAUCAUUUGGGCGAUGGAGAAACCGAAUUUGUCGACGACCGGCAGCUCAAGGCGAUACUUCUCUCUGGUAGGUUAUUUGAAAGUCAAGGAUAAUGGUAAAGAUGUGUCAAACAAAGCAGCUGUUGUAGAACAGCUAGUGAAACUAUUUGGACCUGAAGCUGAAAGCACUAUUAGUUACAGAGAGACAGAGAUCGAAGAUAUGUUCGUGCCGAGAUGUGGCGACUACGUGGCGUUACGCAGAUUGACAGGACAGGUUAGUCGGAAUUAUUUAGAGUGGAGUGCUUUGGAUAUUUUUGGUGACGGCGAUGUAGCGUCAGCAUUGCAAGCCGGUCAUGCGGCGUAUCUCCAUUUGCUUACCAGUUUGCGACCACAAGCCCAGACUUAUGAAGACCUGACCACAGCGAGUUGGCCGAUAAUUUUGAACUCUAAUGCUGUAGAAGACGUGUUAUCGUAUGUGAAUUAUAAACGGAGUAUGAAAAUCGUGUUCUAUACAGCGGUGUUAUUUAUCGGUAUUCGAUUGCUGCGUGGUUAUAUGCAAAGAGGAUGA